CCUUAAAUUCUCAGCCUUCACGGGGACACAACCGUGCACGCACCAUGCCUACCUCCUCUGCUCCCCGCCUCUUCCUCCUCUGCUUCUUCGCUCUGCUCUCCCACUCCCACUUCUCCGCCGCUAGGCCGCACCACCUCCGCCUCUCGGCCGAGGACGUCGCCACGGUCGAGGCGGCGCUGCCGGCUCGCCACCUCGCCAAGGCCAAGACCACCUUCUUCGAGGUCAACCGGCCGCUGCACCCGCCGCGGGGGAGCUCGGGACCCUGCUCCACGCUCCUCCUCUCCCAGUCCUUCGCGCUCACCCUCAACAAGCCGCCGGUCACCGCCGCCUACUCGCCGCCCUCCUGCCUGAGCGGCGCGGAGGACGUCUCCCUCGCCGUCCUCGAGUGGCGCGCCGACUGCCACGGCGUCCAGUACGACCGCAUCUUUGGCGUCUGGCUCGGCGGGGCGGAGCUCCUCCGCGGCAGCACCGCCGAGCCGCGCCCGGGCGGCGUCACGUGGUCCGUGCACAAGGACGUCACCAAGUACGCCUCCCUCCUCGCGGCCGGCAACUCCACGCUCGCGGUCUACCUCGGCAACCUCAUCGACGACACCUACAACGGCGUCUACUACGCGAACCUCACGCUUCACCUCUACUUCCGGGGCAAGGCCCAGCUGACGUCGGAAGCGUCGACGCCCGCCCACCUGAUCGUCCCCGUCUCGAGAAGCCUCCCUCUCGACGAUGGGCUUUGGUUCGUGGUCCAGAACAAGACCGACGUCGAGUCCACGCGCGUCGCCGUGCCGGCCAACGCUUACCGCGCGGUGCUCGAGGUCUACGUCUCGUCCCACUACUCCGACGAGUUCUGGUACAUGAACACGCCGGACCAGAACGGGCCGUUCCGCGAGGUCACUGUCCUGCUCGACGGCGACGUCGUCGGUGCCGUGUGGCCGUUCCCGGUGAUCUACACCGGCGGCAUCAACCCCCUCAUCUGGCGCCCAAUCACCAGCAUUGGCUCGUUCAAUCUGCCCACCUACGACAUCGAGCUCACGCCGUUCUUGGGGAAGCUGCUGGACGGCAAGGAGCACGAGGUCGGGUUCGCGGUGACCAACGCGCAGAACUCGUGGUACGUGAACGGCAACCUCCACCUCUGGCUCGACCCCAAGAGCUCCACGACCACCGGCGGCCUCAUCUCCUACGACGCGCCGAAGCUGUCGGGGAGCAUCACAUCGCACUCCGUGGACGGCAUCGACGGGGAGUACCGCGCGACGGCGAGCCGCAACAUCUCGGCCACGGGGUGGGUAAGCUCGUCGCGCGGCAACAUCACCACCACGUUCGCCCAGCGGCUCAGCUUCGCGAACUCGAACGUGGUGAGCAACAAGGGCAGCUCGCAGGUGAUCAACCAGACCACCGACGCUCACGCCGACGUCGGCGGCGGCGCGUACGCGCAGCAGGUGCACCAGAGCUUCCCGCUCUACAUCUUCCAGGGCGGCGACGGCAGCGGCACCUCCUCGCAGCGGCUGAAGCGGCGCGUGGAGAUCGGGUUCGUGGAGUCCCGCGCGGGCGCCGGCGGGGCGGGGACGAGCACGCUGCGCAACGAGCAGGUGGCGGAGGCGGAGGUGGUGCUCCGGGACGACCAGGUGGCCGGCGCGUCGUGGCGGAUGCACCAGGUGUACAACUACGGCGCCAGCAACGGCGGCUGCUACUUGAGGAACGUGACCAGCGUCGGCUACGACGUGCUUUUCGACCAUGACGUGGCGUCGUGCGCCGGGACGCGCCGACGUUGACGGCUGUCGGCCGGCGCCCGCCUACGUGGUAGAUGGCCGGGAUAACGGCCAGGAAGGGACCUGGUGUAAACUGUAAUGGGAACAGAAGUGGGCCCUAAUAGUUUCGUACUACUAUAGUCUUUGCGUUGUGAUGGGUCGUCUCGUGUCCUUAGCUCUGAAUAAGAAAGGAGUGACGUGAUGUAUAUGUAACCAAAAUAUAAAGACGAACAUAUGGUUAUGCGCA